GCGAAAUUGCACGCUAGAUAACUAUAGCGAUCGCGAUUUACCACGUCGCUUUCAAGUGUUUUUGCUUGACGUACUAGUACUCCAGCUCACUUAUGGCAUCCCUGAAGAUCUCCGUCGGCGACACUAUUCCCAAGGGUGACUUCGGUACCAUCCCUUUCACUGAGGAGUUAGCUGAUCAUUCAGUGUGUGGUAUUCCCACCACCCUCUCUACUGACAGUUGGAAGGGCAAGAAGGUUGUGCUCUUCUCAGUGCCUGGUGCUUUCACCCCAACUUGUCACAUCAACCACCUCCCGCCCUACCUUGCCAAGUACAACGAGUUCAAAGCCAAGAAUGUCGAUGUCAUCGCUGUCAUCGCUGCCAACGACCCGUUCGUCAUGAGCGGAUGGGGACGUGUUGAGGGACUGACAGACAAGAUAAUCACCCUCUCUGAUCCCAAUGCUGCGUGGUCAGGCAGCCUGGGAUUAAGCAUCGACCUCUCCGAACGCGGAUUUGGAGUCCGUACUGCACGAUACGCCAUGAUCAUAGACGACUUGGUUGUCAAAUACGCCGAGGUCGAGCCUGGCCCCGGAGUGACUGUUUCUAGUGCUGACGCCGUAUUGGCCAAUCUGUGAUCGAAGGUAUCGUUUUUGUUCGCGUAUUUAACGCAUGUAUUUGUGAGGCUGUCUCACUGGAACGAGCAGAUACCUCUAAGUAGGUAUUGUGUGUAAAUCAAUAAAUCAAUAGAGUGAAAAAGAAUAUGCUUACCUGUCUGCUGAGGAGGAUUUUCU